CCUCCAUGGAACCCAAACCGCCGAAGAUACCGAAAACUCUGAAGGAGAAAGACUCUACGAAACGUCUAAUAGUUAUUUUAGAACAUGCUUCUCUGGAAACCGUAAAGUGUGGAAGGAAAUUUGAGUUGCUCAAUUGUGACGAUCAUCAGUCUAUUCUGAAGAAGCAUGGACGAGAUCUGAGCUCGGCGCGGCCAGACAUCACUCAUCAGUGUUUGUUGAUGUUGAUGGACAGCCCACUGAAUCGGGCAGGCCUUUUACAAGUGUACAUUCACACGCAGAAGAACGUUCUCAUAGAAGUUAAUCCCCAAACAAGAAUACCACGGACGUUUAAUCGGUUUUGUGGACUGAUGGUCCAGCUGUUGCAUAAAUUAAGUAUUCACGCCUCUGAUGGGCCAAUGAAGCUACUGAAGGUCAUCAAAAAUCCUAUCACCGAUCACUUGCCUACGGGUUGUAGGAAACUAGGCACCUCAUUCAAUGCUGAAGGCUGUGUGAGAGUGAGAGAUUAUGCACCUGACAACGAGCCGAUUGUGUUUGUUGUUGGUGCAAUGGCUCAUGGCCGGGUCUCUACCGAUUACACAGAGGAAGACAUUGCGAUCAGUGAAUACCCUUUGUCUGGGGCAUUGACAUGUACAAAAAUAUGCAGUGCAUUUGAAGAAGCAUGGGGAAUACACUAGGCGUUGUGUAUAUGACACUGAAGUUACGACAAAUUGUAGAGAUAUUCUCCAUUUGAUUAACAAAGAAACAAAUAAUUCAAUGCUCAACAGGCUUGAGCUGCCUGUCAUGUCUCGUUUCUAAUUCGUUGAGCAGAGUAUUUUACAUCAUGUCAUCUUUAUUGUAAAGUCCGGUAUUUUACUAGACAGAUAAUAAAUUUUAGAUGAACAAGGUAACAAAUUUGUGGUAUACUACACUAGCAG